GUCUCCGUGUCCGCUGCAGAGAGUCACCUUGCGUAGCUGCUGCUGCUCGCCGCUGUACCAGCCUAGACCAGGGGGACUGUCCGGCCCAGAGGCACUCCGGCACUCCGGCAGGCAGGCAGGACUGUGAGCGGGUCAGAGGUCACGAGGUCACGAGCAGCCGGGGACGAGCAUGGCGCAGGCGAAGCCCAAGACCUCCCCGAAGGCCAUCAAGUUCCUGUUCGGGGGCUUGGCCGGGAUGGGGGCGACGGUGUUCGUCCAGCCACUGGACCUGGUGAAGAACAGGAUGCAGCUGAGCGGUCAGGGGACGACGGCUCGAGAGUACAAGACCAGCUUCCACGCUCUGUUCUCCAUCCUGAAGAACGAGGGAGUCGGCGGCAUCUACACCGGUCUGUCCGCAGGUCUGCUGCGUCAGGCGACCUACACCACCACCCGCCUGGGCAUCUACACCAUCCUGUUUGAGAAGAUGACCGGAGAGGACGGCCGGCCGCCAAACUUCUUCCUCAAGGCUCUGAUCGGUAUGACGGCUGGUGCCACAGGAGCGUUUGUGGGGACGCCGGCGGAGGUGGCUCUGAUCAGGAUGACGGCGGACGGCCGUCUGCCAGCGGACCAGAGGAGAGGAUACAGCAACGUCUUCAACGCCCUGGCUCGGAUCACCCGAGAGGAAGGACUCACCACGCUGUGGAGGGGGUGUAUUCCCACCAUGGCCCGAGCGGUGGUGGUGAACGCAGCUCAGCUGGCCUCGUACUCCCAGACCAAACAGGCUCUGCUGGACUCAGGAUACUUCGGUGACGACAUUCUGUGUCACUUCUGCGCCAGUAUGAUCAGUGGCCUCGUUACCACGGCAGCGUCGAUGCCGGUGGACAUCGUGAAGACGAGGAUCCAGAGCAUGAGGAUGAUUGACGGGAAACCCGAGUACAAGAACGGUUUGGACGUCCUGAUGAAGGUGGUGGGGAAGGAGGGCUUCUUCUCGCUCUGGAAAGGUUUCACACCGUACUACGCCCGCCUCGGCCCCCACACCGUCCUGACCUUCAUCUUCCUGGAGCAGAUGAACCGCCUCUACAAGACCCACGUCCUCGACCGCUAACCGAGCACCAGGCACACGUCCCCGAGCGCCGGAGGGCGGCGGCAUCAACAUCAGCAGCAGAUUUAAAGGAGCGGCGCUGAGUUUUUUUUAAUUUAAUUUGAAGAAACAAGACACUGCUCCUUUAAAAACGUGUUUUCAUGAAGCUCCACAAUGACGGUUAGAGCAGGGAUGGACCAUUUCCACCUCACGCACACACUCGCACAAACACUCACAUACACAGACUUGUCUUCAGAUCUUUUUGUAAAGAAAAGAGUGUAAAAUAAAGUCUCUGACAUCAUUCACUGAUGUCAAUCUUGUUAAUGACAAGUCUUAUUGUAGGACUGUGACCCCUCUCCCAACCACCCAUAGGACCGUGGCGUCAGUUGGUUACCAUGGUAACAGAGGGAUGAAUAAAAAACUUAAGUUUCAGAA